UCUUCCCACUUUUAUUGUUUAUGGAACACAGGACAAGAAGUACCGAUGUGUAGUCUAAGUGAAAUUUAUUGAAAAAUACAGUAUUUAAAGUAUUUAUUGAUUAAAUUAACACACAAUGGAGUUAAACGACGUGAUUGUAAAUCAACCCGUCGUUAUAGACAACGGCUCCGGAGUCAUUAAAGCGGGCUUUGCUGGCGACCAGAUACCAAAAUGCAGAUUCCCAAAUUACAUCGGCCGCCCAAAACACGUGCGCGUGAUGGCGGGCGCGCUAGAAGGCGAGCUGUUCGUGGGCCCUCGCGCUGAAGAGCACCGUGGCCUGCUCAGCAUCAAAUACCCCAUGGAGCAUGGCAUUGUCACUGACUGGAAUGAUAUGGAGAAAGUGUGGAAUUAUAUAUACAGCAAGGAUCAGCUGUCCACAUUCUCAGAGGAGCACCCGGUGCUGUUGACGGAGGCGCCUUUGAACCCUCGCCGCAACAGGGAGAAGUCAGCAGAGGUGUUCUUUGAAACAUUCAACGUGCCCGCGCUGUUCCUCUCCAUGCAGGCAGUGUUAAGUUUAUACGCGACAGGGCGUACGACAGGCGUGGUGCUGGACUCCGGCGACGGCGUCACCCACGCAGUGCCCAUCUACGAGGGGUUCGCGAUGCCGCACAGCAUCAUGAGGGUGGAUGUGGCCGGACGUGACGUCACGCGGUAUCUCAGACUGCUCCUGCGCAAGGAGGGCGUGAACCUGCGCACGUCUGCGGAGCUGGAGAUCGUGAAGGCCAUCAAGGAGCGCGCCUGCUACCUCUCACCCAACCCGCUCAAGGAGGAGACGCUCGAGACGGAGCGUGCGCAGUACACGCUGCCCGACGGCACGCAGCUCGAGAUCGGGCCGGCGCGGUUCCGAGCGCCAGAAGUGCUGUUCAGACCUGAUCUCAUUGGCGAGGAGUGUGAAGGACUCCACGAGGUGCUCAUGUUCGCGAUUCAGAAGUCUGACAUGGAUCUGCGGAAGGUGCUGUACCAGAACAUCGUGCUGAGCGGCGGCUCCACGCUGUUCCGAGGGUUCGGAGACAGGCUGCUGGCCGAGAUAAGGAGGCUGGCGCCCAAGGACAUGAAGAUCAGGAUCUCAGCACCACAAGAGCGUCUCUACUCUACGUGGAUAGGCGGUUCUAUUCUCGCGUCGCUCGACACAUUCCGCAAGAUGUGGGUCUCUAAACGCGAGUACGACGAGGAGGGACACCGCGCCGUGCACAGAAAAACAUUCUAAAAUGUUAUAUAUACAUAAUCAAAUCCGAUGAAUGUAUGAAAAGUGUUUAAAUAUUUUGAUUCGAAAAACGAAUCGAUCAAUCCAGAUAGCUAUCGUUAGAUCGAUUCUGAAAAUAAAUCAUAAAAUGAGAGUUGCUAUUAGAAGUAUACAUUUUCAUGGUCCAGGGAUAUGGACCAAAAUCGCUUGUCUUUAAUUGUUAGAUGUAAUCAGACGACUAUCUGCCCUUAACUGGCAGGAAUGUUAAUAUAUAUCUAUGAAAAAGACCGUCAUACGCACCUUUACGGUCUAAUAUUCAGUUAGUUAACUAAGUAGGAUCUAUAAUUCAAAAUUGUGUUGUGCCUCGUCGAUUAUACGGCCUUAUUAAUAUGCUUAGCCAAACAAACCUGUCAUAUAUUCAUCGGCUUUGAUAAAUAACUUAUUUUAGUCGCAUUAAUCGUAUGCUAAGCGAAGAUUGUAUGUAUGUUUGUAUUUGAAGUUAGCGCGGGCAGUCAACAGAUGGCGUUGUUAUCAAACGCUAGUGAAGUUAGCGAAUGUCGGCGCGGAAAUAUAAGUACCCUCAGUGAAUGAAAAAAAAUCUUUUAUAUUCUGUAUUUAUUCAAAUAUUUUCAUGUAUCAAAGGGCUUGAAUCAAAUCGUUAAUUAAAAUAGUUUAUAUUUAAAGGUGCAAAAAGUGACAGGUUUGUUUUUAUGUCUGUCCUGCACGUACAAUGCUGAAUUAUGUAAAAAAUCCAUUCCUUAUUCGUGUAGCGCUCACGUUCCGUGGAUAUAACUUGAAUAACAGAAAUAGUAUGAAAUAAUGCUUUUUAUGCAUACUACUCAAAGUGAAUAUAGUUUCUAAUACUAAGUAAUAUACAGUUAAAUGUGGUUCUAUUCCUUGGCACAGCUUUGGUAUAUACUUAGGCUUCUACGUGUAAACGAGUUGGUUUGCACCUAAAAUUCAACUAAGACCGCUUUGAACUUGUGUUUAUGUAUGAGUUGCACCGAGCUACAUUGGAACCGACCUUAAACGCGUGGCAGUCAGUUCCUUUGCAAAAAAUCGUGUGCAAAGUCCCAUUGAUUGAUUCAGAACCCAAUACGAGCACUAAAAUCUAAAUAAUCUCAGAAUAGUGAUUUGUGCCCCGUACUUUGUCAAUAAACUUGUUGCUAAUAAAAAUGACUCAACAUGGAAGCAUGUUGCGACUUUGUCUGUACCCCAGCGGGCAAGGCGUGAUGUUUGUUCCAAGCUCUCAUUCCUAAAGCAGCUGCAAUGUAACGCAUGUUUAUAUAACGAAUUUAGGUUGCAAAGUGAUUUAUAUAACGGAUAACAGAGCUUAUUGUAUUAAGUUUAAGCACGCAGUUAAGUAUUGAAGACAUUCUUUUUGUAUAUUAAUAAAUUAUUUUUUUUCUCAA